AUGGCGAGCCAGGUGGCAGCAACAGCAGCCGAGCUGGAGAUCAUGCCAACCUUCCCGCCCUCGCAGAUGGGUCCUGGGUGCGAGGAUGCUCUCGGCGCCCAGCCCCCGCCCGACAAUCCGGCCGCCGAGGCUGCCAGGCGCCGCGGCUCUGAGAACACGGUGGCCGAAGAGCGCGAGAGGAGCCGCGAGGCGAUGGCCGCCCUGGGCGUGUCAGCUUUCACCCUGGAAUCGGACGUCCUCGGGGAGGCGGAGAUCGUGCAGUCGCUGCAGGUGGCGCUGGCGGAGCUGGACCGCACGCCGUCUGCAGACCUCGAGUGCCUGCGCCAGGAGCUUGAGGCCGAGGGCUCGGCGCUGGCGGCGGACCUCGCCGAGGCUCUGCGGGAGCGCGAGGCGGAGUGCGACGAGCUGCGGGCGCGCCUGGGCGCGCUGAUGGCGCCCCCAGACGCGGAGGAUGUGGAAGAGCCCUCCCCGUGCGAGCCCGCUGCGGCUGGCGGCGACGGCGGCGCCAGCGUGGGCGGCGGCGCCGCGGGGACUCUGGACGACUUCCUGCGGGGCGGCGGUGCCGGGGUCGAAGAACCUGCCAUCCUGCUUGGCCCAGGCUCCGCGCCGCCCGCCGCUGGCGCUGCCGACGAGGGGGCGGGUGGCGGGCACGGAAGCGGCGGCGGCGGCGUACGUCGCGGGCUCCGCGGGCUGCUGGGCCUGGCGGGGAAGGCCGCGAGGACCUCCUCCGCAGACAGGGGCAUCCCUCCAGGUGACCCUUUCCUGCUGCAGGGCGCCGGGCCGGCCGUCGGUGCCGCCAGGGCCGCGGAGGCCUCCGGGGAGCUGCUCUCAGAGGGCCCGGCAGCACCGCGAGCUGCCACAGAAGGGGCCGGCGUGGCACGGCAACCGCCCGCGGCCGCGCCCGCCUCCGAGGAGCUGGCGGCCUGCCCCCAGGCAGCCUCUGCUGGGCCUGGCGGCCCCGUCGCCGCCGCCGAGAUGGCGGCCGGCGGCGGCCCGCCAGCCCCCAGCAGGGGCUCAGGGACAGCGGGCGACCAGGCUGGCCCCUCCGCGUCCGAAGGCGCCCCAGGGCCCGCGACGACGGAGCGUGACGUUGGCGGCGACGGCCUGAUGGCGUACCACCCGCCGGCUCGCGGAGGGGCCUGCGGAUCCCUGGCGCCUCCCAGCUGA